AUGCUCGCCCUCCUAAGGCAUGACAGCAUCAUCGAGGGCGUGCUCCAGUAUUGCGGGAUCAAGGCGCAGCUCCAACUCCGCCGAAUCAACCGUGCCCUCUGUCGCAAGAUCAACAACCUCCUCUUCCACCAUCUCGUUCUAACCGCAAUGCCCCUUCGAGGUCACGAGUGCGAUGUCAAGGUUGACGGUCGUUUCCCGCUACCACUUCGAAUGCGCCGUCUCAACCCAUCGGCCUGGAAGCUCGCACCCCGGAAACUGGUGCAGCACAACCUCUUCCGCUACACUCGAUGUGUCACCUUCAAGGGCGGUUUCCCUCACGGUUGCCACCCGACCUUUCUCCGGAACGCCUUCAUGAGUGUCGAGAUCCUCCGCAUCAUCCCCGUCGACGGGCUGUACCUUCCCUUUGUGCCCUUCGGUGCAUCGACGGUUGUGGUCUGGAUUCCCGAGCAUGAGCAAGGGUUCGAGUACCUCCUCGACCAUCCUCUUGGAGAGCAAGUACCGUGCGACAUGUCCUUCUACCCCCCGCUGAAGACCACGAAAGUUGUCGUGCACGCUGAGGGCACGAACAUCCACUUGUUGGAGGCGUACCCGUUCCUCGCCUAUCUUCCGCCGACCACAGAUCUGGUUGUCGUUGCAGAGGACCUCUCCCUGAGGAGACUUGCCGGGUACCGACAGGUGGGAACGUCAUCCGCUCUCUUUGGCAACUUGUCGAUCAUGCUGCGUAUCAUCCCGGACCUCGAGCUCAUGGUCGUCGGCCUCUGGGGACUGCGGCAGAUCUCUUCCGGCUCUCUGGCGGGCUACGCAACUGACCACCCGACCGUGACCCGCGCUGCGAUCAGCAUCCUGAACGGAGUUUACGACGGCAUGGUCAUCUUCCCGCAGGAGGCAGUCGACAUGGCGGCGCUUUUCCUGACUCGGCCAUGGUUCCGCUUCAAGACAUCGGAGCAGUACCGCGACUCGGUCGGCGUUGAGAGGGAGCGCCUGGAGUGUGUGCGCGACCUGAACGAUCCAAAGGUGAUUAAGGAGCGAGAGGAGAGGUUGUAUGGAUCUGGGUUCCCCCGUCACGAAGUGUACGAACCGACGAUGGAACGUCCGGCGCUCGAUCUGUUCGAGUAUCUCGCCGAGACGCCUGGUGGACUCUUCUGA